CUUGGAGUAAUUAAUAAACUGUUAUUUAUCUCCGCCGGCUCUUCUCCUGAGAAUCUCCUGAGAAACACAACCCCCCGUUUCCAAGACAUUCCACGCUGGACAGCCCACGCACCGCGACUGCAUUGAGCACGAUAUUUUGCAUCAGAGAUCUUGUAUCGCAGUAUUUAUUUUGUCGAAGCGAUUCAGAAGAUGUCUGCUACCGAGCAGGUCACUCCAACGGCUGUCCCUGACAGCCAGCCCGCAGAGAAGGUCCCUGAACCGACCGCAGAGAACACCGCUGCUGCUGUCCCGGAGGAGAAGCCCUCAGAAGCACCUGCAGAGAAACCCGCCGAAGCCAACACAAACGAGCCUGCCACUGCUGAUGCAGCCGCCGCUCCCGUAAAGGAGGAAUCCAAAGAGGCGCCCAAGGAAGAGCCGGCAGUGACGAAGGAGAACGAUGCAGCAGAGGCAAAGCCUGCUGAAGCUGCGCCAGCGAAGCCAGAGUUCCUUGCCAAGAACCCGGCCCUGAGCCAGUUCUUUGACAAGCUCCCUUCUAUUCUCUCUAAAACCGGCCACAGUGAGAUGUGGGGUGUUACCCUCAAGGACGCCAGCCAUCCCCCAACGGCCAACAUCUUGAUCAAGUUCCUUCGUGCCAAUGAAGGCAAUGUCGCUUUGGCUGAGCAGCAGUUAACCAAGGCCCUGGAAUGGCGCAAGAAGAUCAACCCCACCGCACUGGUCGAGACGAGCUUUAACGCCAGCAAGUAUGGUGGUCUGGGAUAUAUCACCUCUCACAAAGACCCCAAAAAUGGAGAGGUGAUUUUCACCUGGAACAUCUAUGGUGCCGUCAAGGAUAUCAACGCAACAUUCGGGGAUGUCGAUGACUUUAUCAAGUGGCGUGUGGCUCUCAUGGAGAUUGCUGUCAAGGAUCUGAAGCUGGGCGAGGCGACGUCUGUGAUUGACUACACAGGAGAAGACCCAUACCAGAUGAUUCAGGUCCACGACUACCAGAAUGUCAGCUUUCUGCGCUUGAAUCCAACCAUUCGUGCUGCCUCCAAGCAGACAAUCGAAGUGUUCAGUAUGGCCUACCCUGAGCUUCUCCGGGAAAAGUUUUUCGUCAACGUUCCUGCCAUCAUGGGCUGGAUGUUCACCGCCAUGAAAGUCUUCCUCAGCAAGAACACACUGCGGAAGUUCCACCCAAUCACCAAUGGAGCGAAUCUCGCCCGCGAGUUCUCCUUUGCGGAUGAGAUUCCAAAGUCUUACGGUGGAAAGGCACCUGAACUGAAAGAGAGCGGCGCGACUCCUCGUCUUUCAGACGAGCAGCCCGCACCGGCUGCAACUAAAGAUGAGCCUGCUAAGGAAGAACCUCCAAAGGACGCUGCGAAGGAGGAGCCGUCUAAUGAGCCUGUCAAGGAAGAGAAGCCCAAGGAAGAGCCCGUCGAGGAGAGAACUAAUAAGGAGGAAGCCAAAGAGGAACCGGCUAAGGAAGAGCCCGCUAAGGAAGAACCUACAAAGGCUGAACCGCCUAAGGAAGAACCGGCUAAGGAAGAACCGGCUAAGGAAGAACCGGCUAAGGAAGAACCGGCUAAGGAAGAACCGGCUAAGGAAGAACCGGCUAAGGAAGAACCUGCAAAGGAAGAACCAGCUAAGGCUGAGUCCGCCGCCGGGGCAGCUGCGCUGGCUCCCGCUGGGGCCGAAUAAAUGCUGCAGCUUUCCUAGCUGAUAAGAUACCCUUGUCUCUUAUUGAAGUUCGGCGUGCUCUCCUAUGUCUCGUGUGGCUUUGACAUGUAUUCUGACAGAAGGCAGGAUUAUACUAUGGAUUAUGGUGAUAUUUGUGGCUGGAUUUGGUCUGGUUUCAUGUCCGGCUUAUAGCACAACUACAUGCGUUUGUGUCAAGGACGCCGGUUCGUUUGAUACCCAGGAGGAUAGCGGGAUUGAAUAAGCGUUGUCGUUUUCUGCUCUUUUUGAUACCUCCCCUUAUCACUUAUUAUGCCACUUAAGAGCUUAAUAGAAUACAUAAUAUCGUUUUCUGUGAAAUUAUGGGCAUUCACCUCACCGAGUGUAAUAUACACGCGACUUCACUCUUCGGUCGGUUUUGGCUUUUGAGAAGACCACCAAGCUAAGUACGCUGCCAUAUCAAUCCCU